CGUGAAUGUCUGAUGAGUGAAAAACUGAAUUCCAAAGCCAUCUUUGUAACUUCUUCACGUCCGGUGAACAUGAGUGGAAAGAACAAUGGCACAUAUGGCAAAUCCGAUUUUGUGUCAUCAUAG